AUGACUGACCUAAGAAGAACUGAUGGAGUCAUCAACACCCUCCAAAAAGGGGGACAGGAAGAGAUUCAGAGCAGAGGCAAUGAUUCAUGUGAAUACCUUCUUUCAAGUGGCAGAUUUCUUGGAGAGAAAGUUUGGCAACCUCACAGUUGUAUGAUGCAUAAAUACAAAAUCAGUGAGGCAAAGAACUGCCUUGUAGAUAAACAUAUUGCAUUUAUUGGAGAUUCCAGAAUCCGUCAAUUGUUUUAUUCUUUUGUAAAAAUAAUUAAUCCCCAAUUCAAAGAAGAAGGAAAUAAGCAUGAAAACAUUCCUUUUGAAGACAGGAUUUCAUCAGUUAAAGUGGAUUUUCUGUGGCAUCCAGAAGUUAAUGGUUCUAUGAAACAGUGUAUCAAGGUGUGGACUGAGGAUUCUGUUGCAAAGCCUCAUGUGAUUGUAGCAGGAGCUGCCACAUGGUCUAUCAAGAUUCAUAAUGGCAGCAAUGAAGCGCUUUCCCAAUAUAAAACGAACAUUACCUCCAUAGCACCACUUUUAGAAAAACUGGCAAAGACUAGUGAUGUUUACUGGGUCUUACAAGAUCCUGUUUAUGAAGAUCUAUUAAGUGAAAAUAGAAAAAUGAUCACUAAUGAGAAGAUAGAUGCCUACAAUGAAGCUGCAGUCAGUAUUUUGAAUAGUAGCACCAGAAAUUCUAAAUCAAAUGUUAAGAUGUUCAGUGUUUCCAAAUUAAUUGCUCAGGAAACCAUCAUGGAAUCUUUGGAUGGCUUACAUCUUCCAGAAAAAAGCAGAGAAACUGUAAGAAUUCUUGUAUCCAUCAGUAGAUAUGGAAGUAUGGAUAUAGAAGAGGACAAGGGAAUAUUGUGGUUGUACUUCACUAAGUGGACUCGGUUGCUUUUUUUGAAAGAGUUUUGGGGAAGGUCAAAGGGUCUCGUUUUAUUAUAUCUCUUAUCAAGAAAUAAAAUGACAGUCUUUAACUUUUUCCCCCCCCAAGGUUCUUUUCACAAAAGCAUUAGCUUUAUAUCCUAUAAGAACAGUUUUAACAUACUUAAUAUAAACUGUCUAAAUAAUAGUUUCAUGGGGAAUUUUAAAAUAGGUCUUGGUUCUUUUGCACAGACUAAAGUAUUAAAUAGAGAACAAACAGAUGAAUGGAAAGGCUGGAUGCAACUUGUGAUUUUGAUUUAUCACAUCUCUGGAGCAAGUACAUUUUUGCCUGUGUACAUGCACAUUCGGGUUCUGGUUGCUGCAUAUCUAUUUCAGACAGGGUAUGGGCAUUUCUCAUACUUUUGGAUCAAAGGAGACUUUGGAAUCCACAGAGUAUGUCAGGUCUUAUUUCGUCUCAAUUUCCUGGUAGUGGUGUUAUGUAUAGUGAUGGAUCGGCCUUAUCAAUUCUAUUACUUUGUCCCCUUGGUCACUGUAUGGUUCAUGGUCAUAUAUGUUACUUUAGCACUAUGGCCUCAAAUAAUCCAAAAAAAAGCAAACGGAAAUUGCUUCUGGCAUUUUGGCUUACUGCUGAAACUAGCCUUCUUGCUAUUAUGUAUAUGUUUUUUGGCAUAUUCUCAGGGUGCAUUUGAGAAGAUCUUUUCUCUUUGGCCAUUGUCCAAGUGUUUUGAACUGAAAGGGAAUGUCUAUGAAUGGUGGUUCAGAUGGAGGUUAGACCGUUACGUAGUCUUUCAUGGAAUGUUGUUUGCUUUCAUUUAUCUGGCUUUACAGAAACGUCAAGUACUUUCUGAAGGAAAGGGUGAACCUCUUUUUUCAAACAAAAUUUCAAAUGUUCUAUUGUUUAUUUCAGUGGUUUCUUUCUUGACCUAUUCCAUCUGGGCUAGCAGUUGUAAAAACAAAGCAGAGUGCAAUGAACUCCACCCAUCUGUUUCUGUGGUACAGAUUUUAGCCUUUAUCCUAAUAAGGAAUAUUCCUGGAUAUGCUCGUUCCAUUUACAGUUCAUUUUUUGCUUGGUUUGGAAAAAUUUCAUUAGAGCUAUUUAUCUGCCAAUAUCACAUAUGGCUGGCGGCAGACACAAGGGGUAUCUUGGUGCUCAUACCUGGAAACCCUACGCUUAACAUCAUUGUCAGCACUUUCAUAUUUGUUUGUGUGGCACAUGAAAUUUCUCAGAUCACGAAUGAUCUUGCACAGAUUAUUAUUCCUAAAGAUAACUCAUCUCUGUUGAAAAGGUUGGCAUGUAUAGCUGCAUUUUUUUGUGGACUUCUCAUUUUAUCAUCCAUUCAAGAUAAAUCAAGACAUUAAGUUCCUAAGAUUCUAAAAAACUUAAACUCUUCAAGCUAACUUUACGUCUGCCAAGAGGAGAAAAACAUCUAUCUGGAGAUAUAACUGUAUAUGUAAAUAAACAUUUGUGGUGAGAGGACAGCUCAGUGAUGUCUGGUGAACACUUGUGGUUGUAUAUAUAGGAAAUGUACAUAUCCGAUGUGAAAUAUUGAAAAGAACUGGUGAAGCAGAGUGCAUUGUAUGGGAUUGCAUGUGAAGUCUUUUCUACUGGAUCUGUAUUUCCAUUUAUAAAUGAUUUUAAGUUAACAUAUGAAGGCAGGGAAAUAAUUACCUUUCCAGUAAAAAAAAAAAAAUAGAUAAUUUAAUGAGCUUAGUGUCACACUGUUUUGAUAAUUACUAAAUUUGUGGUAAUAAGAUUGUCUACACCUGUAUCGUCAUGGAACUUCCUAUUUCAUUGAAAACUUUCUUAAGAAUGACUGCAGUAUUGUUUUCUUAUCAUAUGUGCAAUGAUGUGGAAUGUUAAACAGUAUGCCUUUAAUUUAUAUGUGUUCGUGUUCUGAUGUUAUAUAUUUCCUGCCAUGAUUUUUUUUUCUAACUGUGGUUUUCAGGUAUACAAACCUAAAUCUUUGUACACUUUGUCUCACCGUUGUUCGAGGCUCCAUGACAGGGUUUUGUCAUUGUCAUAUGUUAUUGUUGCUUCUUUUUAUAAAAAGGCCAAAUUUUCUUUCCAAUUCAAACAUUCACUUGUUUCCUUAAGCUAUACCAGUGUAAUACCAGUUACCCUGUGGAUCCACUUAAUCUGUUUUUCCCUGACUGGUUAAUUUUUGUACAUUAUUUCCAAUGUUUGGAAAGCUCUUUAUAACCAUUUCGGUAUUUCUUAUUACUCCCUCCUAUUUUUAAAAAAUAUUUGUCAGUCUAAACUUGUGCAGUCUAGUGAAGAUUCAGGUUGUUAGGAGUGAGAUAUAUAUGACCAUCAGUAGAAUUUGAAGUAAACCGGUGACUUUGAAGUAAUCCGGUGACUUUGGGCAAUAUGUGUUUUUGGUUUGGUUUGGUUUGGUUUUGUUACAAGCUAACUGUUAAAGGUAUAAAUUUAUUUAUCUGUUGUACAGAUUUGAUUAUGACUUUUAAUGUUUGAAAGAUUGCACUUGUUUGCUCUUACUAUGUGUGGGGUAAAAUAUAUUUUCUGUUCAUGGUAUAUGAAAAUAUGGAGUAAUUUAAACAGUAAAUAAACGUUCUGUGGAUGCUUAUUUUUGUAUUGGCAAAAUAUCAAUUAAACUAUAUGUGUUCUUUUUUUAAAAAA